AUGACAACCACAUCAACGACUACUUUGAAUCCGCUUCUGGUAAGUCUGGAACAUUUGUCAUCUUUCUUGUCACCAGCGAGAUCUGAUGUCAUCAUUACGUCCACACAACAGGUGACAGCUGGUGUAAAUUCACUGAUUUAUCCUACACGUGAGAUUCAGCCUCCCGCGAAACCUCAGGAAAGCAAAUCUGCCUCUUCUCUAACUAUUGGUCUUUCAAUAGGUCUUCCUGUGGGACUAUUUUGUCUAGUGCUAAUAAUACUCCUGUUCAUAUUCUACUUGGGCGUGUGGAAAAAGCAGAAUAAGAGUUAUACUGAAGGCGAGAAGUAUGCAAAUUAUCUGGGAGAGCCUUUGGGCUCUGCAGAUGAUUUCAUGUCUUCAAGAAUACAAUAUAAAAUGUCCAAGCCAACCGACCAGCAUAUACUGACACCCAAAGCUUCGGUGUAUAAAAAUUAUUCUAUAACAACGUCAUCAGUAGACAUCAAAAAAGAUGUCGACACCUUUCUGUACUCAAAGCCUCCAAACAUUUAUCAUAUUGAUUCAAGAAGGACUUCAUCAAAUAAUCUUUCAAAACUGGCAAAUAACUCCAAUAUCGUAUGUCAAACACUCGAAGAGAAUGAAGUUUGUAAUAAUGCCAAUAAUUACACCAAGGGAAGGUGGACUUAUCAAUCACCUCUUUCUAAAUGGUUCUUACGAAAUUCUACCUAUCUGGAUGAAGGUUUGACAUUUCCAAUAUUUGUUAAAACGCCCGCUCUGCAUCUUAAACAGCUUAAAAUUCUCUCGAGAAUACAAAAGGACUAUGUUGAUAUCGGAUGUUCUUUGAAAGAUGAAAGAUCACCAAUAUUAGAGAGAAUUGAUGACAGCCCAUGUUCCAACAGCAAAAGUGAACAUGAGGAAUCGGCUAGUUCGUCUCAGCAUGCGGCUCACACUCCAAUGCCAAUUUUGUAUGGCUCCCUUGAUGCAAAAUUACGAGCGACUCCUAAAGAGGAUCCCGAUGUUCCUGCAUAUCCUGGAGAUAUUAAAGCCCUAGAUGCGAAUCCAAAGGAAAGUUUUACUAAACGCAAAAGAAAGAAGAAUCGGAAACUUCGGAAGCACUUGAGACUAAUAACAAAUGUAAAACCGUUACCUUUGACGCCGAAAAAUAACAACGUACCUACUGAUCUAAUUGUCGGUGAGGUUUAUGCAGUCACAGAACAAUACGAAGCUAAACUUGUCGAUGAGAUUAGUAUCUUGAAGGGCAAUUAUGUUAAGAUAUUGGCCACCCAUACGGAUGGUUGGUGUUUGGCUGAAAAAUGCGAUAAAAAAGGCAGAAUUCAAGAUAUUCUAGAUUGCGAAAAUGAUGGAGCGGCAUCGUUGAACGACACAAACUACCUGAAUUCUUAUAGAGGGAUCAUCCCAGGAAACUGUUUAGGUAGUGUGAAAGGUAAUGCAUAUUUCGCCUUUUGA